AACCGAUGUAAUAUAAAUGUAAAUGUACUUGGCUUAAUAUAAAUGUGAAAAGGAAGGAAACAAGAAGGUCUGCUAUAUAAGAAAGUGUGUGGAUGUAGUCCCCCACUCUAAGAGGCAAUCUUUACCAGAAGAAGCAGCAACAUCAUCAUCAACAGCAAAAGCACUACUCUCUCUGCCUCUGGAUCUCACCAAACUCACUAUCAUCAUCAUAUCUGACACACACUUCACUUUCCAAAUACACUCCAACCCCAGCAUGACAAAUUAACAACCACCCUUUUUCUUUUCAUCAUUCAAUUUUAUUUAAUUUGUUCCAAACACACAAACAAAACAACCUUCUUUCUUACAACGUUGUCUUUCUUUGUGUCUUGUCUCCAAAACCAUAUUCUGAGGGAACUGUGUUGUUUUUCAAUGGAAAUGGAUGAUUUUGCUUCAAGUAGAAUUAAUGAUGGUUGUUUUCAAGGUGUAAAUGGAAAUGGAUAUGGUUCAUCUUCUUCACUGGUUUUAGAUAGAGAAAAAGGAGAGCUUGUGGAGGCAGCUGUGAAAUUGGAAAGAAAGGGUGUAUCACCUGAGAGAAGUAUUGAAGCUUUGAAGAAUCAUAGUGAAGCAGAAAGAAGGAGAAGAGCAAGAAUUAAUUCACAUCUUGAUACACUUCGUAGUGUUAUUCCAGGGGCUAAUAAGUUGGACAAAGCAUCCUUACUAGCUGAAGUUAUUACACAUUUGAAAGAGCUGAAAACAAAUGCAGCACAAGCAAGUGAAGGGUUAGUUAUUCCAAAAGACAGUGAUGAGAUAAGAGUUGAAUCACAAGAAGGUGGAUUAAAUGGUUUGCCUUAUUCAAUUAGAGCAUCAUUAUGUUGUGAAUAUAAACCCGGUUUAUUGUCUGAUAUAAGAAAAGCACUUGAUGCACUUCAUCUUAUGAUAAUAAGGGCAGAGAUUGCAACUUUGGGAGGUAGAAUGAAAAAUGUCUUUGUCAUAAUUAGCUGCAAAGAACAAAAUUUUGAAGAUGCUGAGUAUCGACAGUUUCUUGCCGGAUCGGUUCAUCAAGCUCUUAGAUCUGUACUUGAUAGAUUUUCUGUUUCACAAGAUAUCUUAGAAACUAGAAAGAGAAGGAGGAUUUCUAUAUUUAGUUCUUCAUCUUUAGGUGAUUUCUUAUAAAAACUUUUAUUUUUAUAUAUUCACAUGUAAUGUGAAUCUUGGGUUGUACAUUUGUUGGGAACUUUUGUAGUAGAUAGCUAGGUUGAUAACUACUGAUCUAAAGAAUGCUUCAAUCUUUUUGACCAAACACACAAUAUGAAUGAACUCAUUCUAUGAUGUUGUACUUUGUUUGAACUUUGAAGAGAAAUUUCUGCUGACAGAACUUCUCUUCUCUUGAGUAUUGAUAGCCCAAUGUAUUCUUUUGAACAUGUGACAAAUAUAAUUCUGAAGUUUAAAUUGACA